GCCACGCCGGUGCACUUUGUUGGGGGGAUUGUUGUUCACUUGAUGACAUGUCUCUGUACCGAAACGCUGUGUGGUUUUUGAAUGGAAUCCAGCAAUACACAAGGAGGGGAUACGAGGCCUCAUCCAAAGACUUCGAGCCCCAAGACCUGGACGUGUCCGUCGUUGGGAGGUCCUUUAUGAUCACCGGGGCCAACAGUGGAAUUGGCAGAGCGACAGCCAUGGCUAUAGCCAAGAAAGGUGGGACGGUCCACAUGGUGUGCAGGAACAAAGACAAAGCAGAGGAGGCCAGGGCGGACAUCGUCAGUGAGUCUGGGAAUACGGAGGUGCACGUCCAUAUUGUGGACAUGUCAGAGACGAGCAAAGUGUGGGAGUUUGCGGAGGCCUUCAAGAAGCAGUACCCGUCCUUGAAUGUGUUGAUAAACAACGCUGGGUGUAUGGUGCACAAGAGAGAGCUGAACGCUGAGGGGCUGGAGAAGAACUUCGCUACCAACACGAUGGGGGUGUACAUCCUCACCCAGAGUCUCAUACCUCUUCUGCAGAAGAGCCGGGAUCCCAGGGUGAUCACUGUGUCCUCGGGGGGCAUGCUGGUCCAGAGGCUCAGAGUAGAUGACCUGCAGUCAGAGAAGGGCUACUUUGAUGGUGUCAUGGUCUACGCCCAGAACAAGGUAGCAAUCCGGGCUAAAAACCAACAGCGACAGCAGGUGGUGCUGACACAACAGUGGGCCAAAGCCAACCCUGUCAUUCACUUUUCUGUGAUGCACCCGGGCUGGGUGGAUACACCAGCUGUUUCCAUAUCAAUGCCUCAGUUCCACCGGAUGAUGGGGGAGAGGCUGCGCAGCGUCGAGCAGGGGGCCGACACUGCGGUGUGGCUGGCCUUGUCCAGAGCUGCUUCCAGAACACGCAGCGGCCAGUUCUUCCAAGAUCGUCGGCCUGUCCCUGCCCACCUGCCUCUGGCCUGGACUCGCAGUUCUGCUCAAGAGAUUCAGAGUUUCAUGACUCAGCUGGAGACUCUGGCCAGAGUCAUACAGUCCCAACCCAAUGCAGCGUUUGACAAACCCACGGGCCCUUCCAGACCUCAAUUUGUCUGAGUCGUGUUAACCAGUUGCCCUGUUUGUUUAGUCUUGUUUAAGACCUCCUAAUUCUGCCCAUUAAUCCUAAAGGAUAUCGUAUUUUCAGGACAGUGCAUCGCUCAGCGUCACCUGAUUUAUCUGUGAUGUCAACAUGUGUUAACCAGACUUAUUACAGUUUUGUAUUUGGUUUAUUUUUUGUUUUCAAUGCAGUUUCAGUCAGUUUCCAGAAUGAGUUUGCUUGUUUAAGCUUUGUUUUAGUUUGCAUAAUAAUAUGGGGGGUAUUUGCAGGCUUAUUAUAAUACAAACACAACACUCCGUGAAUGCAACUGACUCACAGUCCUGU